AUGUCUUCACCUUGGAAGACCCCACCUAGUUCGGCGCCAAAGCCAGAGAUGAUAGUGAAAAUUAUUGGAAGUAAACACUUUCGCUACUUCGUAGAAAAGCCAGUGAUUAGGCAGAACGAGAAGUUGAAGACAGAACCUCAAACCCCACUCCAGGAACCCGGGACUGAUGGCUCAAGGCAGGUACGCAGAGACCUGCCAGGACCCACUGACUCUUCCGAGCAACAAAUAAGUGCUCACCCAGCUGAGAAGGGAGAAAGCAAGUACCCAAGAAGCAGCCAGAAACCAGAGAGCGAUCAGAAGUUCCUAACCACAGUGCUCGGUAACAGAUUCCUGGAUGACAUGAUUUCCCAUCGGGCAAAUGUCCACUGCAGCUCUGAACCAGCAGGAGACCAAUCUCUAUCCUAUAUGCAUAGUCUCCCCAGAAGAAAGUCUAUGGACUGGUGCUUGGAAAAUACAAAGAACAACUCUGGUCAAGCUGUGGAAAUUGUCCGAAGGCCAAGUGUAAUGACAAGAGAAGAUUCUUUUCUAAUUGCAUUGGUCAGGAGAGAACUCAACUCACGCCCAUUGAGCUCCAAUUUGUUGGACAAACUUCAGAAAGAGCUGAAGACUCUGGACCCCAUAUCUUCAGGCUUUCUCCACCAGUCACAGCUGAACCGCCUCUUCCUAAGGCAUAAAGUACCUCUGCCAUUACCAACACUCAAGCUCCUCUGCCAAAGAUUUUCUAGAAGGGAUUCUCCAGAAGGGGUGAAUUAUGGAGAGCUACUUUGUUUUUUGAAAGAAGCAACUAAAGAUAAUUUACAGCAAAAUGGAACAGCUGUAUAUAGUAACCCAAGGAAAACUCCAAGUCUAAGCCACGAUAAACAAAGCACCCCACCUCAAGACUCCAGCUUACUGUCUGACGUGAACAAGAGCCUGCUGCAGAUUUUGAAGAUGGCACUAAGAACAUACCAAGGCAAGUUCAGUGUAGACUGCCUCAACCUGAACUUUCAAAAAGAAGAUCACUCAUUCUCUGGCUGCCUGCCUCUGCCCAAGAUCAUGUCUAUAUGUAGCAAGCAUGGAUUGCAUAUAACUAUGACCCUGCUGGAAACAUUGCUCCACCACCAAGAUUUGGGUUACCGAGGUGAAAUAAAGUGGAAGAAUUUUGUUAAGUGGCUGAACAGGGCUUCUUCUGAUUUGCAAUGUGAUAUGCCAGCAGGAAAGAAUAAAAAGGAAGUCCAAGAGAACUUGGUUAACAUCCCUGAGGGAACCCAAAGAAACACUGAAUAUGUGAAAACUUCAGAAAAGAAUCUGCAGCCAAAAACCUCUACCACUUCAGCCCCAGAAGGCCCUGUGACUGCUUUUAAGUACAGGCCUGCCUCCGAGCCUGGUGAGCAUCGGGCCAUGAUGAAGGAUGAACAACCUGAGUUAUGGAUAGACAGGUUCAGAAAGCUGGAAAAUGCCCUUUAUCUGUGUGACCUGAGCAACACAGGAGUGCUGGAGUGGGAGCGAGCCAAGCGCCUCAUUGACAACUACAACCUCAUUUACAACUUGUCCCUGAGUCCCCGGAGAAUCGACCAGGCCUUUCGAAGAUUCCGUUCUGGAGAAAACAUAAUCUUGGAGCCAGCACUUCAGUACUUAAAGGAGCUGUGA